GAGCCGAGCCGGGCGGAGGUGGAGAGGAAGAGCUGCCGGAAGUAGGCUGCGGAGGUGGUGGCCGAGCAGGCAGCAGCUGCCAGGGAAACCGAGGCGCGGGACGCACGACCCGCAGACAGGCAGGCCAGGGAGUCAUUUCUGCGUCCAGCAUCCAGGAGGCUCUAGGGCUCCUUUGCCUGGGCUGAGGCUCUGGUCCAGCAGCCGCCUCUGCUCUCGGGUCUUUCGCUAAGCCCGCCAGGGGGCGCCGCACUGAGGGGGCUGCAGAGUGGGGGGCGGGCGCCGCUGAGCGGACCGGGGCGCCGGGCGGGGCGGGAGGAGAGGGCUCUCCCCAGCUCAGGAGGUGCCCCUGGGCGGGGGACCCGGGGUCCUCACCACAGACUGAGGCAGGGGUUUCUGGGGGCGAGGAGGGCGCAUCGCCCUCUGCCCCCGCCGGCACCCUGGCCAUGACGGGCAAGUCGGUGAAGGACGUGGAUCGGUACCAGGCGGUCCUGGCCAACCUGCUGCUGGAGGAAGAUAACAAGUUUUGUGCGGACUGCCAGUCUAAAGGGCCACGAUGGGCCUCCUGGAACAUUGGUGUGUUCAUCUGCAUUCGAUGUGCUGGAAUCCACAGGAAUCUGGGCGUGCACAUAUCCAGGGUAAAAUCAGUUAACCUCGACCAGUGGACUCAAGAACAGAUUCAGUGCAUGCAGGAGAUGGGGAAUGGAAAGGCAAACCGACUUUAUGAAGCCUACCUUCCUGAGACCUUUCGGCGACCCCAGAUAGACCCAGCUGUUGAGGGAUUUAUUCGAGAUAAAUACGAGAAGAAGAAAUACAUGGACCGAAGUCUGGACAUCAAUGCCUUUAGGAAAGAAAAAGAUGACAAGUGGAAAAGAGGGAGUGAACCAGUUCCAGAGAAAAAAAUGGAGCCUGUUGUUUUUGAGAAGGUGAAAAUGCCACAGAAAAAAGAAGAUCCACAGCUACCUCGGAAAAGCUCCCCGAAAUCCUCAGCACCUGUCAUGGAUUUGUUGGGCCUUGAUGCUCCUGUGGCCUGCUCCAUUGCAAAUAGCAAGACCAGCAAUACCCUAGAGAAGGAUUUAGAUCUUUUGGCCUCUGUUCCAUCCCCUUCUUCUGUUUCCAGAAAGGUUGUAGGUUCCAUGCCAACUGCAGGGAGUGCCGGCUCUGUUCCUGAAAACCUGAACCUGUUUCCGGAGCCAGGGAGCAAAUCAGAAGAAAUAGGCAAGAAACAGCUCUCUAAAGACUCCAUCCUUUCACUGUAUGGAUCCCAGACACCUCAGAUGCCUACUCAAGCAAUGUUCAUGGCUCCUGCUCAGAUGGCAUAUCCCACAGCCUACCCCAGCUUCCCUGGGGUUACACCUCCUAACAGCAUAAUGGGGAGCAUGAUGCCCCCACCUGUAGGCAUGGUAGCUCAGCCAGGAGCUUCUGGCAUGGUUGCCCCCAUGGCCAUGCCUGCAGGCUACAUGGGUGGCAUGCAGGCGUCAAUGAUGGGCGUGCCAAAUGGAAUGAUGACCACCCAGCAGGCCGGCUACAUGGCAGGCAUGGCAGCUAUGCCCCAGACUAUGUACGGGAUUCAGCCAGCUCAGCAGCUGCAGUGGAACCUUACUCAGAUGACCCAGCAGAUGGCUGGGAUGAACUUCUAUGGAGCCAACGGCAUGAUGAACUAUGGACAGUCAAUGAGCGGCGGAAAUGGACAGGCAGCAAAUCAGACUCUCAGUCCUCAGAUGUGGAAAUAAAAGCAAAACACCUGUAUGGCUGCCACCCUCCUGAGCCCUUGCUCUCCCUAUUUCUCUCCUUUCUCCAACUCUCCCCACCCCCAGUCCUCUUUUCCUACCUCUCUCUGUUUGAUUUAGAAAUUGCUCAGUAAGUCAUUUGGGGUUGGGCAUCCUGCCCAGCCCAGCCACUUCUCAAUACACGAAGACCUCUCUGUUGCUUUACGUUGUACAUGCCCCUUAGACAUCCCAACUUCUCCCCCAGGCUCUCAGCCCCUGUCCUCCCCUGGCACCAGCACCUUAGAAAUUGUUGGCAGAAGGCACUUAAACUGUGGGAGAAAUGUGCAUACCUUUGAGUACCUUCCUUCAAGGUUAAACCUCCUAUCAGACUCCGGGAAAGGUCUAUAGGUGUCAUGUAUUAGGUAAAGAGGGGAAAGUUUAGAGGUCCUUCUAUACGCGUUAAUAAGCUGUUCCUAAGUGUUGAAAUUUGAAGAGGGAGGCAUCAUGUUACCCAUGAUUCAUGGGAAUGAAGAAAGUACUGAAAUCAAAUCCUCCUUGGGUUUUGGAUCAAGUUGACCCUGCCCCUGGGGUGAAGCAAGCCCCCUCCUGUGAGGAUGAGCAAAAACAUUACUCUCUUUCUCUGAGUUGCUUUCUGGAUCUGGGGCUUCAGGAGUUGCUGCUUCAGUCAGCCUUCGUUAGCACCAAAGACUUUGUGAAGAUCACACACACAAACACAUAUCCCUUCCCCGCCCCCGAACUGCCUUCAGUAGGAUCUGACUCCAUGGCUGGAGGACCAACCCCUACAGUGGGAACGCAGAGCUUAACGUGUGUACUGCUUGUGUGUAUGUUUGUGUGUGUGUGUGCACGUGUGCGUGUGUGUAUUUUGCCUCCCACUCUCCCCAUCUGCUCUGGGUGUUUUUGUUUUUUUAGUUUUAGGUUUACAACAGAGAGGAGUUAAUUUAUCAACAGCCUACAACUGUUGCCAGUUUUUCUUGUAGUUUAAAAAAAUUGCCAUCUCAUCUAUAGCGCCCUUUCUGCUUUCCCUUCUCCCCGUCCGCCAAUCACUUUCAUGCCUGUGUGUCCAGGGUGCUCUGUGUCCCACCUUUCCCGGGUGUGUGAGGCACAGGGCCCGGACAGCUUUCCUCUCAGUCAUUGUUCACCCCACUUGAAAAUUCAAACAAGAGAACUUUGCUUAAAAGAUUUCAUGUGUGGGAACCACAAUUCCUGGUUGCCUUUCUCCUGUGUAUGUGUAAAUUCCUUAAAUAAAUAUUGCAGGGAAGGA